CCACCAUGGGAACCGAGCCGGGGACGACCAAUUCCUCCGGUUCGGGUGGUUCUGGUUCGCGGGGAGCCAAAAAGCGUGACUCUUGGCACACGGCACCCGGAACGAAUGGAACGUCCGGCGAUGGCGGUGGACGCGACGAGCCACCUGACUCAUCCGAUACGGCAGCACUUGCCAGCAGCACAAAGGAGGCAGCCUCGAACGGAAGUUCGGCCACGACCAAAGCAACGCAUCCGGCCACCACCGAGACGGCACAGAUUCUGCAGAGCGGCAAGGAGCGGAACCUGGUGGUGGCGCUAACGGGCGAACGGCGACGGGAAACCUGGAGCCAAAAGGCGGAGUUUUUGCUGGCCGUGAUCGGUUUUGCGGUGGAUUUGGGUAAUGUUUGGCGCUUUCCGUACAUCUGCUAUCAGAACGGAGGUGGCGCGUUUCUUAUCCCGUACUGUAUUAUGCUGUUGUUUGGGGGGCUGCCACUGUUCUACAUGGAGCUUGCCCUGGGACAGUUUCAUCGCUGCGGUUGUCUGUCCAUCUGGAAGCGCAUCUGUCCAGCGUUGAAAGGUGUCGGGUACGCUAUCUGCCUGAUCGAUAUCUACAUGGGCAUGUACUACAACACCAUCAUCGGAUGGGCCGUUUACUAUCUGUUCGCUUCGUUCAGCUACGAGCUGCCCUGGACGAAGUGUGGUAAUCCGUGGAACACGGAAAACUGUUCCCCGGUCACGGGCAGGAUCAAUACAACGACGCUCACCUCCACUACUACGACUGCAGCGACGCUCAUGUCAUCGAUGGCCACGGAUGCAGCGUCAGCCGGUGUGACACUGGUUGCAUCGGCACUGGGCAACUCGACAAUGGCCACCAUGCACCCGCACUACUACCACAACGAGCGACACCUGCUUUCCAGCACACUGCCAUCGAUGCUGUCCAAUCUGACCACGAGCACUGUGGCAACCGUGGCAGAAGUUGUCAGCGAAGGUCCUGCCCUUGCUAGUCCAGCGAGAGAAUUUUUCGAACGCCAGGUAUUGGAGCAGUACAAAUCGAAUGGGCUGGACUUUAUGGGACCGGUCAAACCUUCGCUCGCUCUGUGCGUCUUCGGUGUAUUCGUGCUGGUGUACUUCUCGCUCUGGAAAGGGGUCCGUAGUGCUGGUAAGGUGGUCUGGGUGACGGCUCUCGCCCCGUACGUCGUACUGCUGAUCCUGCUGGCUCGUGGAGUUACACUGCCUGGUGCUGCCGAAGGCAUUCGCUACUAUCUAACCCCACAGUGGGAUAAGCUUAACAAUUCUCGUGUAUGGAUCGAUGCUGCAUCACAGAUCUUCUUCUCCCUCGGGCCCGGUUUCGGAACACUUCUAGCACUCUCGAGCUACAACAAGUUCAACAACAACUGCUAUCGGGACGCAUUGCUAACGAGCAGCAUUAACUGUCUUACCAGCUUUUUGGCCGGGUUUGUCAUAUUUUCCGUGCUCGGCUACAUGGCACAGGUACAGAACAAAUCGAUCGAGGAAGUUGGGCUGGAGGGGCCGGGCUUGGUAUUUAUCGUCUAUCCGGAAGCGAUCGCCAUGAUGAAGGGUUCGGUGUUUUGGUCGAUCAUCUUCUUCCUGAUGCUGAUCACACUCGGCCUCGAUUCGACGUUCGGUGGGCUGGAAGCCAUGAUUACAGCACUCUGCGAUGAGUAUCCGCGCACGAUCGGUCGCCGUCGGGAGCUGUUUGUGUUGAUCCUGCUUGGAUUGAUCUACAUCUGCGCGCUACCCACCAUGACAUACGGUGGCGUAUAUUUGGUAAACUUCCUGAACGUGUACGGGCCAGGUUUGGCGAUACUGUUCGUCGUGUUUGUUGAGGCUGCCGGUGUGUUCUGGUUCUACGGUGUGGAGAACUUCUCCGCCGACAUCGAGCAAAUGUUGGGCAAGAAACCGUCACUCUUUUGGCGCAUUUGCUGGAAGUACAUCAGUCCGACGUUUUUAUUCUGCAUACUGAUAUUUUCACUGCUCGGAUACGAGGAAAUGCUGGGCGAGGAGUACGAGUAUCCGGAGUGGAGUGUGGCUGCCGGUUGGGCAUUGACACUGUCAUCGGUCCUGUGCAUUCCAACGUAUGUGAUCUAUAAGUUUUUGAAAAGUCCCGGCAACUGUAAAGAUCGCUUGAGACGCACGUUCAAACCGGAACCGUUAAUACCGACGGCUAUCCCCGGCCAGCUGUACACCGGCACCGCCGUCUGACAUGAUUGCGCGGAAGAAAGCUGCAUGCGCCGGGGCAUCUUUGUGCGCCUCGAUUCA